GUCUACCCUGGGUGUAAUCUUGCAAUUCUUCGUUUCGUUUUUGACACUUACGAAGCCCUGUUUGAUCCUUGGGGAAACGAAAAAUGACAGGCGUCCUGGAGAAAGAAGGGGUUACCCUGGAAGAGCUCAAGGAGAAAAUGGCUGAGUUUGCGAGGGAAAGAGACUGGGAUCAGUUUCACAGCCCUAGGAAUCUCCUGCUGGCCCUGGUAGGAGAAGUGGGAGAACUGUCUGAGAUAUUUCAGUGGAAAGGAGAGGUGCCAAGAGGACUCCCUGAUUGGAAAGAUGAAGAGAAACAACACCUGGGUGAGGAGCUAUCAGAUGUGUUGCUAUACCUUGUUAGGCUUUCUGAUAUAUGUGGGGUUGAUCUUGGUAAAGCUGCUUUGAGAAAGCUGAAGAUCAAUGCCAUUAAAUACCCAGUCAAGCUUUGCAAAGGGUCUUCCAAAAAGCACACCCAUAUGAAUGUGGAUAAGAACAAUUUUAAUGGUGAUAGUGGUAGUGCUGCUGCUACUAAGGGCAUGACAAGUGACAGCAAAAGUAGUAGCGAUGCUGAUGUUUGAAAUGUGGGUGUGAAUAUAUUAUGUCCGCUAGACUAAACUGGACUGCUUGGAUUUUUAGCCAUUUGUUUUUCUCAUGUUAUUUGUAUAAUUAAUCUCAUCUCAUAUAUAGGGCCUUUCUAAGCAGCCUAUACUAUAUUAUAAUGGCUUUACACUUCUGUACUGUUGGUCCCUCUCUCUCUCAGGGGUGAUUCGGUGGGACCAAGGGUGCAUAGUUUUAGUAGCAUGUGUGUGUUGUUUUAGUAUUAUUUUUUGUGUGAGAAGAAUCUGGGGUGGUAUGCCACGCUGCCUGGAGUUAAUAGUA